UUGGCUAAUGCUGCAUGUCAGUCUACCGGUAUGAAGUACUCCGGAUGUAGCUGGAGAGCCUGUCGUGCCCCUUUCAAAGUGUUUACUUGUUAUAUUUAUACGAUUGACGUUGCGUUCUGAUGUUACCGCGGGACCGUUUCUGAGUUGAAGGGACGGACCUGAAUUCCAUUUUGUGGUUUAUUUAUUUGUUGAAUAGGUGCGUAAAAGAGCAAGGCUAGUUAAUCGCCUUAGGUUACCGGGAAAGGAGAAUUAACUUGCUAGCAGAUUAGGAGCAGAACGGCGUCAUUCACUUCAGCUAGCUAACAGAUAUGUGUUAGCGUCACGCGCUGUCUGGGUAGCUAAGCCGCGUUUCGCCCGAACGGAAGGGAAAUAGCGACUCGUGUUGGCAUCUAGGAUGUUGAGAUGGAGGGUGAAUAUCCACAGAGUCAGGAGCCACAGAAUGUGAAGUGCUGUGACUCCCGGUUAGACUGCAGCCACAUUCGGACAGAUAAUCUAAUCCAGGAUGUGCCAGAAUGCACAGUACAAGACCUGUGGCUCAGUAAAAGAGACGACCUCAGCACCAGCGCCACAAAUGGGCCUUCAAGUGGGCAGGAGCAAGAUCCACCAGAAAUGGGGAAAGGGCCUGAACAGGAGCUCUCGGACACAGGGAGCGGAGUGCUCCCGGAGGGUGAAUCGAUUGUCUGCGUAGCACCAGUAGGAGACCCUGAAGAGGCGUUUAAGUCAAAGGGCGCGGACGAUGAGGAUCAGGCUGAAAACGCCUCCGAUUCUGCCUCCACUGACAACACGCUGGAGGACUCCAGUGAGUUCAUGGUGACUGUGCUGGGCAGAGGGAAGCUGGAGGACGAGGCGCCCGAGGCUGGGCCAGGCUCCCCGAUGCUGGCGCCCUCCUCUUCCCACCGUGAUGAGGACAUCACCGGCGAGAGCUGGAGGCUCCACAGGAAACAUGUGUUCGUGUUGAGCGAGGCCGGCAAGCCCAUCUACUCGCGCUACGGCAAUGAGGAGGCGCUGUCCUCCACCAUGGGCGUCAUGAUGGCACUGGUGUCCUUCGUUCAGAGUGGCAACAACACCAUUCGCUCUAUUUACUCAGAUGAACACACGGUGGUGUUUAUGCAGCAGGGGCCCUUGGUGCUGGUGUCUGUCUCUUCCAGCCGCCAGUCUGAGCAGCAGCUGCGCGGCGAGCUCCUUUACGUUUACUACCAGAUCAUCAGCAUGCUCACGAAGGCCAGUAUAGCCCGCAUCUUCGAGCGUAAGAAGAACUACGAUCUCCGCCGACUGUUGGCGGGGUCCGAGAAGAUCUUGGACGGCCUUCUCAACUUGGUGGAUUCGGACCCCAGCUUUCUUCUGUCCGCCGUUCACUGCCUGCCCCUCGCCUCUUCCCUCAGGGACUCCAUUAGUCAGAUCCUGCAGAAGGCCAUUACGCCUAACCUGGUGUUCUCCAUCCUCAUCGCCAAGAACCAGCUGCUGACCAUCGUCCAGGAGAAGACGGUCAUUGAAGACGCCAGGCUGGAGCCAGCUGACCUCCACCUCCUCCUCAACCUCAUAGGAGCCUCCUCAGCCUUCCAAGCCGGGGAGAUUUGGACCCCGAUCUGCCUCCCCCUCUUCAACCCUGACUGUUACUUCUAUGCCUACAUCUCGUACCUGGACCCCCCGGAAUGCACCGUCUGCUUGCUCCUGCUCUCCACCGACAAGGAGGCUUUCUAUGCCGUGGCGGAGUGCAAGAGGAAGAUCGACGAGGGUAUGCGUGCACAGAACGCUCUGCGCUCGAUUGCCAGAACACAGUCAUACAGCGCCAGCCAGGUCGGGGUCUCAGACCUGCGGCACUUCAUGUACAAGCCCUUCGACGUGCCAGACAACCACCGCCAGCUCACGCAGUUCACCAGCCCCGAGAUGGAGGCCCCCUACAGCAGUGAGGAGGAAAGGAUGAGGCUGUUGGACCUGUACCGCUACAUGCACAGUCGCAUACACAGCUCCUCACGGCCCCUCAAGCUCAUCUACCAUGUGGCGGAGAGGGAGACGCUGCUCGCCUGGGUCACCAGUAAGUUUGAGUUAUAUACCUGCUUCAGCCCCCUGGUGACCAAGGCCUCCGCUAUCAAUGCUAUAACAAAGCUGUUACGUUGGAUCAAGAAAGAGGAGGAACGGCUCUUCAUCCGAACCCCCCCAAAGUACUCAACCACCCCUAACCCCAGCAAGAGCUCCCGGGCGAGCAAGAGCGGCCCCGACAGGCAGGACAACACUGACAAUGGGUUUCUGUCCCUCUUAUAGUGGAAUGUCUACAAUAUCCUGCCGCCUGUUUGAACCCCAGAGCGGCUGUGAUGGGUCAGAUGCAAACAAUAAGUAGUCGUGUUUAAGGCAUCAUAAAUGGAUUGAUAAGUUAAUUUCAUUUGUUUAGAAAAUGUAUGAUUGACAGGGUGCAAAUAAGUAUUUGAAUAAGACAAGGGUGGGGUGCAAACUGAUUUGUGAAGCUGUGUCUGAAAUGUUUGUGUGCUGUGGAAAUUCCUAUGGUAUUCAUGCAGGGGUCUUUUUGAUAGGAUUUUAUUGUAUUGUGCACAGCCCCUUUCACUUCUAAAAACUUGGUUUCUAGGAAUCACUGAAGAAAUAUUGAUGAAAACCUUGUAUUUCAUGUCAACUUAAGAUGGAAUCAUUUGAAUAGGAACAUCUGUCUUUUUAAGUCAUGAAAAUAUGCUGCACAAUGUUUAUUUUUUGUACAUGUGGAGGUGAGUCUCUCUCCAUGUCUGCACUACCUGCUACCCAGCAGAGACAUCGAUUUUUUUUCUUUCUCUUUUCUCAGAGAAAAAUGUACAGUGUGAAAUUGUGUGUGUGUGUGUGUGUGUGUGGUGCUUUUUUUUAAAUGAACCAGUUAUAACUACCCUUGAAGUCUUCGUUAUCUGACUGCAAAAUGUCUUCUUCCCACCCCAUUCAGAAAGUUCACAUAGUCUGAUAAUGUCUUUUCAAGCCAAAGCGCAGAAAUGUUUGUUGUCUUUGGUUUUAAAUUGAUUCACUACCCUAAAACCAUCCGAUAGAAUUGUGCAGUAUCUCAUCUCUGCCAGCCAUCUUUUAAAAGGUUUUAUUCCCCCCUUAUUAUAAUCACCUGCACGAAACAGCAUGUGGUGUUUUUGAAUAUUAGUUGCCCUGGAUAAAAUGUGAUAUCGGAUGAAUUCUGGAAGAUUCACUUUUACCUUACAUAGGAUACCUUUUGAAUGACAGUUUGGGCUUAAGCUUAAGACUGAAAAAGCUUAAGUUCUAUGAGGGCCCUGAGAUUCUAUUAGAGCUUUCAUGGCUUCAGUCCUUUGACGUACAUAGUGCCCCACCCUGACCCCUGUGUUGAUAUUUUACAAGCAGGCAGUUGUUUUCAGAUGCAGUUUUGGUACUCUGCUGUUCACCUUUUAACCUGAGACCUCAUCAAUUCUGUCUUUUAAUAUAUUGGGGUAAUUCAGGGAGAGGAUGGAACCUGUUUUUUAAUAUAAUUCACAUGGAGAAUGUGUGGAGAGUGGCUGCGGAAAUAAAUCUCCCAUGUUCCCCAG